AUGGCGUCAUGUACACUGUUCCUUUCCUUGUUCAGCAAGGGCAAGAUCACGGAUCUUUGGCGCAUCAACCGACAACAAGAGGAGAAGCUUAAGGACUUGGAGAAGCAAAACGAGGAUCUAAAUGUCAAGUUUGAAGCCACAAAGACAAGGCUUACACGGACCGAAAUCACAAUCCGAGCUCUGGAGGCAAAGGUUAAACUCCAGAAAGCCCAGAACGAAGAUUUAAAAGAAAAGUCUCGACAGCAGCAGGACGAGAUCAGGGCAGUCUCAGAGCUGAAGAGUGAGAAUUCGGUCCAAGCCGCCAAGAUCGCCGAGUCAGAGAAGGACAAGUCAAGCGAAGCCUUGGGCGUCAAACCCAACUUUUCUUUCCUCCAGUCCAAGCUUUUGCGCGUAGAAUCUGAGUACAAAGACAAUAUCACAGAGCUGAAUGCCAAGAAUCUAAGGCAGGAAGUGGAAUAUAGAGAAUUUAUCGAGGUGUUGAAGAGCAGCAAGGAAGAUUAUGAAGCUAAGAUCAAAGCCCAAGAGGAUGACCUAAAGGAGAAAGAGGAUACCAUCUCAAAGCUGCGGAUUGUUUUGCAAACAAGCGAGUCCUGGCGCAAAACUCAAUCACAGCGACUCGUCCUGCUAGAAACCCAGGUCGAGACUCUAGAGGCCGAGAAGAUCCUUCAAGACUCUAGGAGCCAAGAACUGGAAAUGAAGUACAGUACCGAGAUAUUCCGACUUGCUCAGAGUCUGGAGUUUCAUUUCAACAGCACCUAUGUCAAGUUCUCUGGGGGUGACAAGCUACAUACAAAGUCAGAAUUGGAGGAAGCGUAUAGAGAAGCGCAAAGGUUGCAGGAUAAACGCAGGGGAAUGGCUCUGGCGCGACGACUGCGUAUUCAAGAGGAAGAAGAUCGAGACAGCCAUGCUUACUCAGAGGAAGAUUAA